AAAUCCAGGUAAAAUAGAACAGGUUUUGCUAUCGCAAACCUGUAAUUAUGAAACACCCCUUCGCCAGUAAUCGGACAGUCCGGUUUACCCACAAUGCAGUUCAAAUUGACCUUUCGGUACAGCUGAUCAGGUGGGUCACUUUUCUGAGAGAACAGCAAGUUUUGUCGUAGUUUUUCCAUGUUUUAGGAGCUUUUUUGAUCGUUUUAAGCCAUAAAUUAUAGAUAAAGAUGACCUUCCGCCCUCUUUCAAAGUAUUGGCGGGAAGCAGCGACGAUAAUUUUAACCGCAGGGGCCAGAAAAAAUGCCACCGUGACCCGAGUGGUAGCAGACGACUUGGUUCCCAGCCGAUAUAAUAUUUUUGACUACCGCGUCCUCAUGCUGCAAAGAAGCGGGAAAAGCGGUUUUAUGCCAAACGCGAAAGUCUUUCCGGGAGGACUCGUGGACGACUCAGACUUCUCCGACGAAUGGAUGGACGUCUUCGAUCGCUCGGGCUUGGGGAAUUUCGAUUCCCUGACAAACAUAAGAAACGUAGACGACAGAUCACCCAUGCUGACCGCUAAUCAAGCUUCUCUGGUCCCUAACGACGUGGGAUACCGAAUUUGCGCCAUCCGCGAGACAUUUGAAGAGUCCGGGAUACUCCUGACCCGCCCGUGGAACGUGCCAGGCGCAGAUGCGGCGAUUUCGGACGAUUUUCUGGACGAGUGGAGGACUCGCGUGGACUCGAACGGUCGGGAGUUCCUCCGACUGUGCCAGGAACACAAGCGAGUCCCCGACGUUUGGUCCCUGCACGAGUGGUCCAACUGGCUCACGCCGACAAGCUUCAGGAACAGGCGAUAUGACACGGUUUUCUACAUGUGCUGCCUGGACAACAUACCGCCGCAGACCACGCACGAUAAAAGAGAGAUGGUGAAAGCACAGUGGUUGAGUCCACCCGAGAUUCUACGCGACUUCCGCAGAGAGGAACACUGGAUCCCGCCCCCACAAGUGUACGAGCUCUCACGCAUGCUGAACCUGCCGGGUCUGAACCAGCUGCACAGCUUCAGCCAGGAGAGAGGGUUGGAGGGAUGCGAGAGGUGGCUGCCAGUUACGAUCUACCUCAGUGAUGGAGCCAUGACUGUAUUACCUGGUGACGAUCUCUUCCCAGACCAGCCCAACCUGGAAAAGGAACAAGAUCUACAAAUGACAGGGACACUCUCAGAGUCGAGACAAUCAACAAAGAACUUGAAUAGACUUGAAUUCAAAGAAAGAGGAGUUUAUAGCACUACAGUGUGCUGUAACAUCGAAGACAAGUUUGGACAUUUGACUCCUGUACAGGAUGUGUGGUCAGAUGACGAAGAAAAUGUUUGAUGUAGACUUGCCAAAUGCUGUAUUAAAACUCGCAUUUGUAUGCUA